AUGGGAUGGUUUCAUCCAAAUAUCACUGGAGUGGAGGCAGAGAACCUUCUCAUGGAGAAGGGCUACGAUGGUAGCUUUCUUGCAAGAAGGUCUCGCAGUAAUCCAGGAGAUUUCACUCUAUCUGUCAGAAGAAGCACUGAAGUGACUCAUAUCAAGAUCCAGAACCAGGGUGAUUUCUUUGAUCUGUAUGGAGGCGAGAAAUUUGCAACACUUGCAGAACUGGUCCAGUAUUACAUGGAGAAUGAGAAUCAAUUAAAAGAGAAGAAUGGUGAGGUGAUCUCUUUGCGCUACCCAUUGAACUGCGCAGACCCCACAACAGAGCGCUGGUUCCAUGGUCACUUGAGUGGGAAGGAGGCUGAAAGGAUCAUGAUGGACAAAGGAAAGAAUGGGAGUUUUUUGGUCAGAGAAUCUCAAAGCAAACCAGGAGAUUAUGUCCUCUCAGUCCGGACUGAUGACAAGGUCUCCCAUGUCAUGAGUGGGAAGUAUGAUGUUGGUGGUGGACCACAAUUUGACACGCUAUCAGAGUUGGUGGAGCACUAUCGAAAGAACCCCAUGGUGGAGACUUCUGGUAUUGUUGUGCAUCUUAGGCAGCCAUUCAAUGCCACACGUAUUAAUGUUUCCACCAUCGAGAGCAGAGUGAAGGAGCUUCAGAAAGACAAUGGCUUUCUCAGUGGGAAAGCAGGCUUUUGGGAAGAGUUUGAGAGUUUACAAGAGCAGGAAUGCAAGCACUUAUAUUCCCGAAAGGAAGGACAACGACCUGAGAACCGCAACAAGAAUCGCUACAAGAACAUCCUACCUUUUGAUCACACACGAGUGAAACUGAAGGAUGCUGAUUCAAAUGUCCCUGGAUCUGACUAUAUCAAUGCAAACUAUAUAUCAUUGGGAGAGGAUGAGAGUGGUCAUUCCUUUGAGUCAUACAUUGCAACACAAGGAUGUCUUCCAGGUACAAUCAAAGACUUCUAUGAUAUGAUAUGGCAGGAGUGCUCACAUGUCAUUGUCAUGACCACAAAGGAAGUAGAAAGAGGGAAAAAUAAAUGUGCCAAGUAUUGGCCAGAUGAAGGGAAAGAAGAGACAUAUGGGAGAGUACGUGUGAAAAACAUGUCAGAAGCUCAGAUGAGUGAUUAUACAUUGCGAGAGUUCCUCAUCAUGAAGGAAGGAAGCCAGGAAGAGAGAAAGGCAUGGCCAGACCAUGGAGUUCCAUCAGAUCCAGGUUGUGUGCUGAGUUUCCUUCAUGAUGUAAGCCAGAGGCAGCAGGCUCUUUGUGAUGAUGGCUUCAAAACUGGGCCCCUCAUAGUGCACUGCAGUGCAGGAAUAGGACGGACAGGAACUUUCAUUGUCAUUCACAGCAUUCUCCGGCAAAUUGCUCGAAAUGGAUUAGACUGUGAGAUCGACAUUCAGCGGACAGUACUGCAGGUUCGAUCUCAGAGGAGUGGGAUGGUCCAGACAGUGGCUCAAUAUCAAUUUGUCUACAUGGCAGUCCAGCACUAUAUUGCAACAGUGGCUCAGCGCAUGCAUGCUGAACAGAAGAGCUUGCAGUUGGGACGAGAGUACACAAACAUCAAAUACUCCAGUGAAGGACUUGGUGGAGGAGGAGGUGGUGGUGGUGGUGGAGAUCAUGUGACACGAGGGGGUCAGAAGAAGAUGGUGCAUUGGGUCCAAGAGCAGUGUAUGCCAAUGUUCCCAAACUUCCUGACUGCAACAUUGGUCCACCUCCCAAUUUCAUUCCUCCCCCUCCUCCACCGCCAAGGAGACCAUGACCAUUCCACGCACUCCAUGCAGGUCCCGGUUCUUGUUAUCCAUACCCAGACCUUUAGAAUCACGUCAGUGACAUCCGGAGAUGGUCAUGUGGUUCUGGGAGACUCUGGAGGAAACAUCCACAUUCUGGACCGCUCCUUGUCCUUGGUGUCAUUCAAAGCCUACAAUGUGGAGGUCUCUCAUGUCUUUCAAGCCCUUGAUGCUCCCAUUCUUGUCACAGUUGGUGAAGAUGAGAGGGGGAUUAAUCCAAGCCUUAAGGUGUGGCACUUAAACACAUUGAGAGCAGGCAGUAGUGCUCCCCAUUGUUCCCGCAUCACAAGAGUCCUUCCAGCUCCAGGAAAGCCUAGUCGAGUGACUGCCUUGGCUGUCCAUUCUUCUCUGAACCACGUGGCUGUUGGAUUUGAAGAUGGCUCUGUUCUACUCUUAUAUGGGAAUGUAACAAAGGAGAAAGGAACAAAAUUAAAGGUGGUUCAUACUGGGAAAAGUCCUGUGACAGGGCUGCAUUUUCAAAAGCCUUCCAGAGCAGAUGUCCUCUAUCUUGUCACCCCCACAGAUGUCUGGUCACUUCAAAUCACCAAUAAAGAGAAGCCUCUUAAAGUACAGCUGGAGAGUGAAGGUGGAAAAGCUGGAUUGAAUUGUAUCACAGAUGCAAGACAUAACCACCACCUUCUCAUUGGUCGACAUAAUGCAGUCUAUUGCUACACACCUGAAAGCCGAGGACCUUGUUAUGUAUUUGAGGAGACAAACAAGACUCUGAUGCAUUGGUUCCAAGAUUAUCUGAUUAUAGUCUCUUCCCUGAAUGAUGCUACCUCAAAUGCUAGAGAUGGAGAGAGGAAGUUCAUGGUGACCUUCUAUGACUUGGGAAACAAACUGAUAGCAGGAAGCUUUCCUGUAAAAGAUGUGGUUGGUGUUACAGAUCAAUCAGGAGCUGUAGUUGUUGUCCGCAAAGGUGGGAAGAUCACCAAGUUCCUCGAGAAGGAACUCAUCUCCCGUAUUCAACUCCUCUUCCAGAAGAAUCUCUACGACAUUGCUGCAAAGGUAGCUGUAAAUGGACAAUGUGAUGAAGAAGGCCUGGCAGACAUAUUUCGCCAAUAUGGGGACCAUCUUCAUUUAAAGGGAGAUUUCUCAGGUGCCAUCCAGCAGUAUCUUCAUACAAUUGGAUAUGUUGAACCUGCUUAUGUCAUCCGCAAGGUAUGAAAGCAUCACUAUUUCCAUUUUCCACCUUCUU